AUGCCGCCUCCUCCGCCGCCGCCGCCGCCUCCAUUGCCCGGUGCUGGAGGUCCUCCUCCUCCCCCCCCUCCGCCUCCAGGAGGAGCUCCCGGUGGUUUGCCCGGCCGUCCACCGCCAAGUUCAGGAGGUCGGAAUGCUCUCCUUGCCGAUAUCAACAAGGGGAGAGCCCUUAAAAAGGCCGUCACCAACGAUCGUUCUGCUCCAGUUGUUGGCAAGGCAUCAGGGUCAUCAGGAGGCCCUGCCAUAGGCGGCGCUCCUCCGGUUCCCGCCCUUGCGCUCGCGCCGCCUGUUCCUUCAGCAAACCGAGCCCGAAGCAACAGUGAUCACACCGCGGCACACCAAGAUGUACGCCCAGUCGACUCAGCACCGCAGCUGGGAGGCCUGUUCGUCGGCGGCAUGCCGAAGCUAAAGAAGCGAGGAGGAAACAUCGAUACGGGAGCCGGCUCAGCGCCCUCCUACUCCUCGGACUCUGAGAAAGCGCCGUCUCAUUCUGCCCCCCAUGUGCCGACCUUUGCCGCGCCGAGGCCGCCAGCUGAUGCUGCACCAUCUGCACCAGCUAUUCCCAUUCUUCCAGGGCGAGGACCUCCUAUUCCUCCCCCAGGCGCAGCAGCGGGCCUGAAGAAGCCAAAGGGACCGCCGCCUCCAAUUGGCAAAAAACCGCCGCCGCUACCGACUUCUCGAAAGCCCUCCCGAGCCACGCCGUCGCCAGUUCCUCCUCCGCCAGCUCCAGCUUCGGCUGCCCCAGUUCCUUCAGCUCCUUCAGCUCCUCCGCCACCACCAGCGUUCUCAGCACCGGCUCCCUUUGCGGCACCUCCUCCGCCGCCGCCGCCUCCAGCAACAUCCGCUCCGGUACUGCCCGGAGCACCACCACCUCCUCCGCCUUCAGUAGCGCCUCCGUUACCCUCGCCAUCGUCAGCUCCACGGGCUCAACCGCCGCCGCCGCCCCCAGCCCCUCCCGGAGCAGCACCUUCUCUCCCCCCAGCGCCGCCGGCACCGCCGAUUUCAGCUCCCCCGGCUUCCAAUGGGCCUCCUCCUCCCGCAACACGACCUAGAGGGUCUUCCCUCCGCCAUACGAUGCUCGACCCGAGCUCCUUUACCCUAACCGCGAAUGGAGGCAGCUCGCCAGCCCUUUCACCCAAAACCACUAACCACUCACGAACGAUGAGUCAGGGCGGUGGGCGAAUCUAUAUUGACGAUAAGAGGUGGCACUUCAAGGACGAGAGCGUAUUGCCAAAGCCUAGGGACUUUGUUGGGGGCGUAAGGAGAUAUAGAGCAGGUAGAGGGAGCAGUGUUCCGCUUGAUUUGAGCGUGUUGAAUUAG